AUGGACUUUCUCAAAGUGUCUGACAAGACAACAGCUCCAUAUAGAAGUGACUCUCUGUUUGGUUUGAAUCAGCAACACAUGGAGAUUCAUCCUCAUCCUCAUGUCAUUACUCCUUAUGCAGCAAAUGGAUGUUACUAUUAUUACCCUUUUACAAACACGCAGUUAAAGGAGCUCGAGAGACAAGCAAUGAUCUACAAGUAUAUGAUCGCAUCUGUUCCCGUUCCUUUUGAUCUUCUUGUCUCAUCAUCCUCUGCACCUCUCUGUAAUAAUAAAAACGGUGCCGGAGACUUAGAGCCUGGAAGAUGUCGGAGAACAGACGGGAAGAAAUGGAGAUGCUCAAAGGAAGUCGUCCUUAAUCACAAAUACUGUGAGAGACACUUGCACAGAGGCCGUCCUCGUUCAAGAAAGCAUGUGGAACUUCCUUAUUCUCGUCCUAGCAACAACAAUGGUGGUUCUGACAAAAACAGAGUUCUUCAAAAUGUUCCUCAAAAUCCAUCUCUUAGCUCCAUAAAAGACAAGAUAGUUGAGACAAAGGAGGUUUCAUCAGCCCUCACAAACUACAGAGAAACCAGAGGAAUCGAGAUCUUUCCUGAAUCGGCAACAAACGAGCAAGAAAACAAGUAUCUGAACUUUAUAGAUGUGUGGUCGGAUGGAGUAAGAUCAUCUGAGAAACAGAGUACUACGACAUCAACUCCUGCUUCUUCUUCCAAUGGCAACAGUCACUCUCUGUACUCGCUUGAUCUUUCCAUGGGAGGAAACAACUUAAUGGGCCACGAUCAAAUGGGCCGUGAUGAUGCCCACGGGUAUGGCCCAUAUGGUGUCGUGUCUUCUUCAGUUGAGGAGAUGUCGAGCUGGCUUACUCCGACUUCCGCCACGCCAGGGGGACCAUUAGCUGAGAUACUGAGGCCAAACCCGAGUUCAGCGUUUUCUGGCGAAAUGGAAGCGAAUAACUUGACGGAGACUCAUACUCCGACCUCUUCGCCGUCGUCUAGAGUGGUGAAGAAAGUGACUGGUUCAGUGUCUGAUGAAAACGGCCAGAUUUAGGAGGAGUUAUGGAGUUUGGUGAUGACGACUUUUCUUUUUGUGCCUUUUUCUUAUUUAAAUCUUGUACUUUUUUUUGUUUGCUUAAUUUAAAUCUUGUACUUGUAAA